AUGUCGAAUCCUCGUAUCGUCAUCGGACUUGACUUCGGCACCACUUAUAGUGGUGUCGCAUGGGCUUUGAGAGAUUGUCCAGAUAAGCCAGAAGUCAUAAUGUCGUGGCCUGGAGCUGGGAACCGGACAAUACCUAAAGUCCCUAGCACCAUGGCGAUCAAAUGCGGUGGGCGUGUCCAUUGGGGUUACCAAACCAACUACCUUGUUGGAGAUAAUAUCCGGGGCAUGAAGCUAUUAUUAGAUGAGCCCCGGAAUUCAGGAUACGUAGCAUCUUUGAUAGAUGCGGGACUCCUCAAAAGGUCGCGCAUACCAGCGGUUACUUUGACUGGCAUGUAUCUGACAGGACUGGUUGACCACACCAAGAAGAUUCUCCAGAGGCGCUUCGGCCCAGCAGCCGAGCAGAUGGAAAUGAAGUAUGUCCUAACGGUGCCAGCCAUUUGGUCUGAUAAGGCAAAGGAUGAGACCUUGAAAGCUGCUUCAAGGGCCAAAAUCCCUCAGAAGGAUAUUACUUUGGUAUCUGAGCCAGAGGCGGCAGCUUUGUACUGUCUCAAUGCAAUUCAACCUAACUCCAUCGAGGUAAGUUGGGGUAUGCGAUAA